GUCUAUCAAUUAACCAAUCAAAAUGAACUUUUGGUAUGCUUCGGAAAAAUAAUGGCUUAUUUAUAUUCAGUAGAUGUAACACAGAUGGCAGCCAAAUCGCAAAUUCAACAAAUUUCUUUGGAAUUAUCCAAUAUGAAAAUAGAAACCGAUUUAAAGAGAGAAGUAAUAAAUAAUAUUAUGCAUCAUAGAUCGAUCGGUACUUACAAAGGGAAAAGACACGUAAUGGGUUAUCCUGUUAGAGGCCAACGUACAAAAACAAAUGCUAGAACUGCUAGAAGAUUAAAUGGAAGAUGGAUAAAAAAAGAGGG